CCACUUCACAUUCAUAUAAUUAUUUGUUACACAAUAACAUCUGUAUUUAAGUGAGCCGUGUAGAACCUAAAGAUCUCAGCGGUAACGAUGGAAAGAAGCAUGUUCCAGGUGAUUGUCUUGUUUCUGCUGUUGCACGUGCCGAGCAGUCUGCAGGAUACGGACUCUCAGGACCUCCCUGGUGAUGUGAAGAAGCUCCAAGAGCUCGUGCAGCAGCAGACAGCCUCUCUCUCUGAGCUCAAGCUGAAGGUGGAGAAAGUUGAGAAAGAGAACACGGUUCAGACAGGCGAGCUGUGGGGCGUGAAGAGGGACCUGGAAAGCAUGAAGAAAGAGAACGCUGAUCAGGCAGCCGAGCUGCUGGCCCUGAAGAAGGAACUGGAGAUCGUGAAGAAAGAAAGCACUGAGCGUCCGAAGGUGGCGUUUAGUGCCGGAUUACCUUCAGGACAGAAAGGACCGUUUGCCUAUGAAACCAAUCUGAUCUACACUAAAGUCGUCAGCAACAUCGGAGGAGCUUAUGAUCCGCUCACAGGUGUGUUUAAAGCCCCGGUUAAAGGCGUGUACUACAUCCGCUUUACGGGUGCCACCUACAACACCAACAGACACAACAUGGGCAUUAACCUGUACAAAAACAGUGAGAUGAUCCUGCACUUGGGCGAGGGUCUUGGAGACGGCAUGCUCAGACACGUGUCCAGUGGCCUGGUGCUCGAGCUGGAGGUCGGAGACCUCAUGUACACCCGACUCUUCGCCAACUAUGCCCUCUACGACGAUCAUCUUCUCCGGAACACCUUCACCGGCUUUCUCCUCUACCCCUCUUAACAAAACCAUGGUCUGUGGUAUUGUUUCAUGGGUUUCUUUGCAUUAUUUAGAUGUUUCUUACACUGGAGACUCAUUCCAUUAAUGUAUCAAUAAUAAUAGUCAAUAACAUUGAUGUGUGAUUCUCUCAAAAACAAUGAGAUUAUUUUUCUUUGGUCUUUCUCAUAAAUAAAUCAGAUCUCAUGUCGAGUCA